CAAGGCCACGAAUUCGUCCUACCAUUUUUUUAAAGUCUCCUACUAGUCCUACGAUACAAGUUCAACCACUAGAUACCUGCUACCGCUUUUAUAUUAUUCCUCUUGAGUCUUUUAUUACAGUCAGCAAACUUAAAACAUCGAGACCCUUUCCUUUCACCUUUCACCACCGCCAUCACCACUACUACCUCCCACUCACUGCCACUGCCACUAUUACUACUACUACCUACUACUUCAAUUCCCUUUCUCCCUCCUCCCUCCCUCCCUUCUCCAUCUUUCUUCCUCUCGACAAGAUUGGAUCAAUAGAAUCAAUUUUAAAGUGUCGAUUCUUCCAAAUCCUUUCUCGACUCUUUCAACCUGACCUCCCUCCCUCCCUCCUCCACCUUCUUCGAAUCCAUUAAACCUCGACGGAUCCUCUUCAUCAAUUAUCCAUCAUCUCUUUUCCAUCAAAUUCCAUCCUCCUCGACUCUGGUAUCGGAAUUUCCGAUACGCUGAGUCCAUAGUUCAACUUCAAGAUGACUACUAUGGAUCUUCGAGUGGGUAAUAAAUACCGCAUUGGUCGUAAGAUCGGUAGUGGCUCCUUCGGUGAUAUCUACCUUGGCACCAACAUCAUCUCGGGUGAAGAGAUUGCCAUCAAGCUUGAGUCAGUCAAGGCGAAGCAUCCUCAACUCGAAUAUGAGGCUCGUGUCUACAAGUCCCUCGCGGGUGGUGUCGGCAUUCCGUUCGUUCGCUGGUUCGGUACCGAAUGUGAUUACAAUGCUAUGGUUCUUGACCUUCUCGGACCCAGUUUGGAGGAUCUCUUCAACUUCUGCAACCGCAAGUUCUCCUUGAAGACGGUUCUGCUUCUCGCCGAUCAACUCAUCUCCCGUAUCGAGUACAUUCACGCCAAAUCCUUUAUCCAUCGUGAUAUCAAGCCUGACAACUUCCUCAUGGGUAUUGGUAAGCGUGGCAACCAAGUCAAUGUCAUUGAUUUUGGUUUGGCCAAGAAGUACAGAGACCCAAAGACUCACUUCCACAUCCCAUACCGUGAGAACAAGAACUUGACGGGUACUGCUCGUUACGCCUCCAUCAACACUCAUCUUGGUGUCGAGCAAUCCCGUCGUGAUGACAUGGAAUCCUUGGGAUAUGUCAUGCUCUACUUCUGUCGUGGUUCCCUUCCAUGGCAAGGUCUCAAGGCUGCUACCAAGAAGCAGAAGUAUGACCGUAUCAUGGAGAAGAAGAUGACGACCCCUACCGAAGUCCUUUGCCGUGGAUUCCCAAAUGAGUUUGCCAUCUACCUCAACUACACUCGCUCCCUCCGAUUCGACGACAAGCCAGAUUACUCUUACCUCCGAAAGAUCUUCCGUGAUCUCUUCGUUCGUGAAGGUUUCCAAUAUGACUACGUCUUUGACUGGACUGUCUACAAGUACCAAAAGAACGCUCAGCAACAGCAAAUCAAGCCACAAGAUGGUGAUAAGACACCAGCUGAGGGUCAAACCAGUGCUCAAGCCACGGCUGGAAACACUGCUGGGAGACAACGCAAGACUGUCACUCCAAUUCAGCAACAAGGACAAGCUCCCGAAGGAACCGGUCACUACCUACGCUCUGCCGGUCCCCCUCCACCAGGCAAUGGUCUUUGAAAUCCUGGAAUGAAUUGUCUCUCGUAGACUUUUGUUUCGAUACUCGACAUUCGGCUACUUGAGACUGACUCAGUCCCACCAAAAUCAAUAUCGUUGACCAUGCAAGACUUGUUUAUUGACACAUUCUUGAAUUUGGCUCGAUCUCCACUCCAACAAAUAUCUCUUUUAUGGACCGCUUUCUUUUUUCUUUCAUGGAUCGAUUACUGUCUUUCCUAAUGGCUCGAGCACUUUUGGUUUUCAUCAUGACAUAUGACUCAUAUUUGAUUCUUCCUCUGGGGAGUGAUCAUUUGAUGAGCAGCGUCAUUGGAAUUCCAAAGUAAUCGAACGGCACGUCGAUGGCAUAAUUUCCCUUUUUUUAUUCGAAGUCGCACGACAAGAUCAAAUCAUCAGAUUCAACACUUCGAAAUAUAUCUUGUGUCAUCUAUCAAAUCCGUCAUGAUCCCGAAACAAGCGAGUACAAGGCACAUCAAGUCAAACAUGCAAAUCUUCAAUUUAUUGCUCUGUAUUGGCACGCCCACUGUUUUUCCUGAGAUAUUUUGUUCCGAUGGAUUUUAUUCUUUUCCUUUCUUUAUCGUUGCUUUUCAUUGAAUGAUAUUCGGACUAUGUGUGGUAGAGGGGAUGAGGAUGAUGUGGUAAUGAAGGGGGGUGAUUGACACUCAAAGUACCAAUCUGGAGGGAUGUUGCAUUUCUUUGACAACUUAUCUUCGGGGACAAUUUUUGCAACAAUCGAGAUGAAAUACUUUUUUGGAGAUCACUGGGGUGACCACACAUGGGAAUAGCAGCUUCUGGGGAGGUCUCUUUUAUUUGUUGAUUGACGUUUCAUUUUACAAAGCUUAGUUGUGUUUCAUGAUGAAUGGAUGGGGUAGCUGAUGUUAAGAGCAAGACAAGGAGAAGUGAACUGAUAUGAAGUUCAGAGAUUGUUUAAAGCUCGCAUACAAAGUUACUGGUCGAAGAUUAUCAAAGUGCCUAUACAUACACGCGCCUAUACGUUGUGGAGGAACCCAACCUUGGUUGGGUACUUUUACACUUUGGUAGAUACGUAUCUUGCUAUAGGUUCCUAGAAUAGUUGAAUGAAACAUGGAACCAACUCAAUUAAAGUCUUGAGAAUAUAU